AUGGAUGACAGUAUAAAUCACUAUAUUUCAGCAUCAUUCCCUGGAAAUCGAACUAACAUCUACUUAGAUUUUAGCACCUUAUCUGAAACUAGUAGAAAGAGGCAGAUUUUGCUGAGUGAUGAUGAAUGCCUGGAGAAAGGACAGAGGCAAGAUGCCAAGAUGGAACCUGACAAUGUCACCACUGAAACAAGGUUCAUCCUCUCAGGACUCACCCAUCACCGAAAGGAACAGAUCCUGCUCUUUGUGGUCUUCUUGAUCAUUUACUUGCUGACAGUUUUGGGUAACCUUCUGAUCAUUGUAUUGGUAUGGAUUAACACCCAACUGCACACUCCUAUGUACUUCUUUCUCACCCAUCUUGCAGGCAUGGAGAUUUUGUAUGUCACUAGCAGUUCACCCCAAUUAUUAGCUCAUCUCAUGGCAGGAAAUGGAAUAAUAUCUGUAACACGUUGCAUGUUGCAAGGAGCCAGUGCUUUGUGUAUGGGUAGUACCGAAUGUUUGCUAUUAGGUGUCAUGGCUUAUGAUCGCUACUUGGCCAUCUGCAAUCCAUUGAGAUAUGCCUCUGCUAUGGACAGCAAGCGGCAAUAUCUGCUUGCCAGCUCCUGCUGGGUCAUAGGUUGUCUCUUCUCAAUGGUCAAUGUUGUUUGUAUCUCCCGUCACCCGUUCUGUGGUCCCAAUCGCAUUAACCACUUUGUCUGUGAGCUGCAAUUUCUGCUAGAUCUUGCAUGUGGUGAUAUAAAACGCACCAAAAUCAUACUAAAUGGUCUAGCAACAUUUAUUGUUCUGAUCCCUUUUUCGGUUAUCUUAUGUUCCUAUACUUGCAUCUUGUAUUCAGUUUUUCAAAUGCACUCAGCUGCAAGUUGGCGUAAGGCUUUCUCCACUUGUGGCUCCCACCUUAUUGUGGUCACAUUGUUCUAUGGUACCAUCAUUUCCAUAUACAUUCUCCCCCAGUCAAACACAAUUUCUGAUCAGGACAAACAAAUUGCAGUCUUAUAUGUUGUGGUCACUCCCCUACUGAACCCUAUCAUUUAUACCUUGCGGAAUAAGGAUGUCCAUAGGGCUGUGGUCAAGGUGUUGAAAAUAUGA